UUCUUGACCAGGACAUUCUAAAGAACAUGAGUUAUGGAAGAGAGAGACUAUCAUUGAAUGACUGGAGGAGAUCUUGUGCGAAAGCUGAAAGAAGAUAAAGCACCCCAAGUGGAUGUAGACAGAGCAGUAGCUGAGCUCAAAGCCCGAAAGAGGGUUCUGGAAGCAAAGGAGCUUGCAUUACAGCCCAAAGAUGACAUUGUAGACAGAUCAAAAAUGGAAGAUACCUUGAAGAGGAGGUUUUUCUAUGAUCAAGCUUUUGCUAUUUAUGGAGGGGUUAGUGGUUUGUACGACUUUGGACCAGUUGGAUGUGCUCUCAAGAACAAUAUUAUUCAGACCUGGAGACAGCACUUUAUCCAGGAGGAGCAGAUCUUGGAGAUUGACUGCACCAUGCUCACUCCUGAGCCCGUUUUAAAGACCUCUGGCCAUGUAGACAAAUUUGCUGACUUCAUGGUGAAAGAUGUGAAAAACGGAGAAUGUUUUCGUGCUGACCAUCUAUUGAAAGCUCACUUACAGAAAUUGAUGUCUGAUAAGAAGUGUUCUGCUGAGAAGAAGUCAGAGAUGGAAAGUGUCUUGGCCCAGGUGAGAACUUAAAGACAAUAUCAAAGUAUUUGUACAUGGGUAGGGCUGUGUUGCUUUCUGUAUGUGAU